AUGGAUCGCGGCGGCAACGUCAAGGUUGUCGUCCGCCUGCGGGCGUUUCUAGAGCGAGACCUGGAACGAAAUGCUCAAUGCCUCGUGGACAUGGACCCCGUCUCCCAAAUCACCACCCUCAGAGCCCCCGAGCCAGAAGACGUCCGUCCUUCAAGCCCGACCAAAUCCCGCAAAGUCACGGGCGACAAGAGCUUCGCCUUUGACAACUCCUUCUGGAGCCACGACCCCGACGACAAGGACUAUGCCAACCAGGAAGACAUAUACAACAGCCUCGGCGAGGAGUUUCUCGAUCACAACUUUGAGGGCUACCAUACAUGCAUCUUCGCCUACGGCCAGACCGGCUCCGGAAAGAGCUACACCAUGAUGGGAACGCCCGAGAACCCGGGCCUGAUUCCCCGGACCUGCGAGGACCUGUUUGAGCGCAUCGAAGCCGCCCACAACGAAAACUCCAACGUCGCUUACAACGUCAGGGUCUCCUAUUUCGAGGUCUACAACGAGCAUGUCAGAGACCUCCUGGUGCCUGUCGUCCCCAACACUGCCGCCAACUAUCUCAAGAUCCGCGAAUCGCCGACCGAAGGCCCAUAUGUCAAGGAUCUCACCGAGGUGCCUGUGCGAAACAUUCACGAAAUCAUGCGGUACAUGAAGGUGGGCGACGCAUCCCGCACCGUAGCGAGCACCAAGAUGAACGACAUCAGCAGCCGAAGCCACGCCGUCUUCACCAUUAUGCUGAAGCAGAUCCACCACGACAUGGAAACAGACGAGACCACGGAACGCAGCUCUCGCAUUCGUCUGGUUGACCUGGCGGGUAGCGAGAGGGCAAAGACAACCGAGGCGACGGGAGCACGACUUCGAGAGGGUAGCAACAUCAACAAGUCUCUCGCCACUCUGGGCCGGGUCAUUGCGGCGCUGGCAGGACCCCCCAAGCAGCUUCGAUCGGGCAAGAGAAAGGACGUUGUGCCCUAUCGAGAUUCCAUCCUGACAUGGCUGCUCAAGGACUCUCUCGGUGGCAACAGCAAGACGGCCAUGAUUGCCUGCAUUGCCCCUGCCGACUACGACGAGACGCUUUCGACACUUCGCUACGCCGACCAAGCCAAACGCAUUCGCACCCGCGCCAAGGUCAACCAAGACCACAUCACUUCCGCCGAGCGCGAUGCUCAGAUUGCUGCCAUGGCGCAAGAGAUUCAAAUGCUGCAGUUAUCCGUCUCAGACUCCCGCCAGCGCGAAAAGAAUGCUCAAGAGGCAGAAGAGCGCCUGGAAGAGUACCAGAUCAGCGUCAGCGCCAUGCAGCGCAUGAUGGAGGAGCGCAGCAUGGUUGCGGAAAGCAAAAUUAAGAAGCUGCAGACGGAGAACGAGGCCCUCAAGCUGCAUCUCAAGCUGGCUAUUGAGAGUCUCAAGAACCCCAUCCCGGCGAUUGAGCUUGACAAGGAGUCUUCAGACGAUGAAGACUACGACUAUGACUCGGAGAGUACGGCAGCAGAUGACGAACUCCAACAGGAAAUGGAGCGCUACUUGCAGGACAUGGGCAAUCUGCGCAAGCUUAUUGGCGGCGAUCUUACGAGAUUCAAAGACAAUGACAGCGUACGUAUGCCUCUUGGCGGCUAACUGGCACCACGAUGGUCAAGUUGACCUUGACUUGGGUUGCUAAACCGAGUUGGUGCAAGACAGGGGGGAUGGGUUGUUAAUUCUGCCACAUACACAGCUGUAUGUAUGCGUAUGAGCGAUGGUGUUUUGGGAAUAAUUUUCUUUUUUUUUUUGCUUAAUUUGAAUUAUCGAUGAACGGCUGGAUAGUUUGUUUGACUAGUUCAAGGAGAGAUUCGUGUUUUUUUUUUUUUCCCCUUUUUCUUUUUCUUACGCCUUUUAGGUAUUAUUGGCGCGAAACAAAUUCGUCAGCUCAUGUCAAUGAAUGAAAGAGGCGUUAAUCUAUAGCUACGUCUAAUUGAAUCCAAGUACUACUAUCUAUGUUCUGCAGGAGGUCUGCCUCUUCUCUUGGCUACUCUUGGCCCUCAUUUGGUUUCUCGCUUCCAACGCCGAUGCCGAGGCCAUCAUUCACUUACUCCCUGUAGACAUUGAUGGAAAUGACUUGACAACUCCAGCAGCCGGGACAUGUCAUCAAUCAAAAAUCAAGGCCGAAAGAGUUGAAACAGGCACCGCAGACAUGAGACCACCCAAGGCCAAAGAACCGAAACAGAACGGAACAGAACAGAUGAAACAAAAUGGCAAGCCCUCCGCACCUGCGGCCUACGUGAAACAAAAGCACAGCCGGCAAACGACGCUGCCGAGCUGUCCAAGAUGUUUCCGUGGUUGAGUGCGCAUCCGACAAAGGAAAACGAGAAGAAAAGAGGGAUGUCGAUCACACAACUCCGCCGACGGGAGGAUUUCCCGUCUCACGUUGUUUAGGCGGCUGCGUCAGGUGAAGCAUGGAGAGAGAGCAAAAAGAGGACUGGACCCUUGUUUCCGAUAGAUUAGUGGCUAGGGACUAAGCCCAGGGGGAGAAAGAAUACUACGGGUAGAAGAGUUGGGAUAAGCUCAGCCAGUAGAGCCGCAACAGGCAAGAGACUUGGCUUUGAGAGGUCUGGCGUGAUGAAAGAAAUCAUUUGAGCAAUUAGAGCAUCAUCCUUUUUUGUUCAACUGGCGAGUCAGACGCGUUGCCGCCAUCGACGGUGUUUCGAGAGGCGCCUGGAUGCCCAUCGAGCCACUAAGACGGCGCUGAACUGAAGACCCCCUCUUCGCUGCAAGGCCGCUGAACAGGCCGCUAUGGCGUCCCCCCCCUGUAAAAUCCGCCUCCCCUUCUAAAAGCUCAAGCUUUCAAUUGGAGGCGGUAUUUCUCUAGGCGAAGAAAGCCCCCCAGGAAGUGGAUGCAUGGUUUUUAGUGCUUGCUUGGGCCAGGACCAAAGUAUCAAACCCCGCCACGACAAGGCUAUGAGUGACACGCAGGAGGCCCUGUCCAGCUGUUACAACCUCGACAGUUGGUAUAGAUAAUUGACGUAUAUCUGCUAUUUAACGUCCUUUGGC